AGCUAUCUUUCUCUUUCCUUUCAUUUAGAAAUGGCAUCUGCGUCGAUUUGUUUGUGUUGAAUACGUAACGUAACAAAAUAUAAACGAAGUGUAAAAUCAGACCAGAGCAAUAAUUUAAAGUGAAAUCUCAAGAUGGGAGUACCAGCAUUCUUUCGCUGGUUGAGCAGAAAAUACCCCAGUGUCAUUGUUGAAUGUAUUGAACAGAGGCCAACCGACGUUGAUGGCGAACUUGUCUACAUUGACUCUUCACUCCCAAACCCCAAUGGGGUGGAGUUUGACAACUUGUACCUGGACAUGAAUGGUAUCAUCCAUCCUUGUACCCAUCCUGAAGACAAGCCUCCCCCUAAGGAUGAGGAUGAGAUGAUGGUGGCUAUCUUUGAGUGCAUCGACAGGCUGUUCCGCAUUGUGCGACCCAGGAAGCUGUUGUACAUGGCUAUUGAUGGAGUUGCACCUAGAGCAAAAAUGAACCAACAGCGUUCCCGUCGUUUCCGUGCGUCCAAGGAGACUCAGGAAAAGAUUGACGAAAUCGCUCGCAUCCGCAGCGAGUUGCUGGCUAAGGGCGCAUACCUGCCCCCUGAGAGGCCCAAAGAAGCUCACUUUGAUUCCAACUGCAUCACUCCAGGGACACCAUUCAUGGACCGACUAAGCAAAUGUCUUCACUAUUAUAUACAUGAUAGAUUAAAUAAUGAUCCAGGAUGGAAGGGCAUUAAAGUAAUCCUGUCGGAUGCUAACGUGCCCGGCGAGGGGGAGCAUAAGAUCAUGGACUACAUCAGACGGCAGCGAGUCCAACCAGACCACGACCCAAACACACAGCACGUACUGUGCGGAGCUGACGCGGACCUGAUAAUGCUGGGCCUGGCCACCCACGAGCCCAACUUCACCAUAAUCCGUGAGGAGUUCAAACCCAACAAGCCUCGCCCCUGCGACGUUUGUGGACAGCUCGGACACGAAAUGAAGGAAUGUACAGGCACGAAUCCAGACGCGUCUCUAGUAAGAUCAGACCCAGCGUUCGGAAACCAGGACAAUUUCAUCUUUGUCCGGCUGAGCGUCCUCCGGGAGUACUUGGAGAGGGAGCUGCAGAUGCCAGACCUCCCGUUCCCUUAUGACUUCGAGAGGGCCCUCGAUGACUGGGUGUUCAUGUGCUUCUUCGUGGGCAACGACUUCUUGCCACAUCUACCCAGUUUGGAGAUCCGCGAGGGCGCCGUAGACCGACUCGUGAACUUGUACAAGAAGUGUGUUUAUAAGACUAGAGGCUGGAUCACAGACUCGGGUGACGUGAAGCUGGAGCGAGUGCAGGUCAUAAUGACGGAGCUCGGCCACAUGGAGGACGAGAUCUUCAAGCGGCGACACCAGAACGAGAUCAGCUUCAAGGCCAGGGAGAAGAUGAAGAAGAGACAACAGCAACGCGUCAACUUUGAAAUGCUGGAGAAGACUCAGUUUGCGCCUAUGGCCGUCGGACAGAACCAGAACCAGAACAAGCCGCUGGAGAACGUACGACGUGAAGCUGCCAACAUGCGCGUCGCUGGCAUGCAAAACGAAGCAGCUCAAGAAUCAGAGAAUCGUGGCCGCAAGCGAUCAGCUCAGGCGGCGGGGCUGGAUGACGAGGAUGACGAUGACAAGAAUGACGAGGUGCGGCUCUGGGAGCAAGGGUUCAAGGAGAGGUACUACGAGAGCAAGUUCGAAGUCGCCAGGGAUAACCUCGAGUUCCGGUACCGCGUAGCCCUGCAGUACGUGCGCGGGCUGUGCUGGGUGCUCCGCUACUACUACCAGGGCUGCGCCAGCUGGAAGUGGUACUUCCCCUACCACUACGCACCCUUCGCCUCCGACUUUGUCAACAUCUGCGGCCUUUCCACCAAGUUCGAGGAGGGCACGCAACCUUUCCGCCCCUUAGAGCAGUUGAUGGGCGUGUUCCCGGCCGCCAGUUCCACGCAUGUGCCUAAACCCUGGGCGAAACUGAUGAGCGAUCCUUUUUCCCCAAUAAUCGACUUCUACCCGACGGACUUCAAGAUCGACUUGAACGGCAAGAAGUUCGCGUGGCAGGGCGUCGCUCUGCUGCCCUUCGUGGACGAGGAGCGACUCUUCAAGGCACUCGAACCUUACUACGACGACCUCACUGAGGCUGAGAAACAACGCAACAUCCGCGGUCACGACCGCCUCUACGUGGGCACGGCCAACGCCAGCUACUCGUUCCUGCUGGGCCUGUACUCCAGCGCUGGGGGCCGGCUGAGGCAGCUGAUUGAGGAAAAACACAAGUACCCAUACCGCUGCGACGGUGUCACCGGGGAUGUCAUGCUGAGCAGGGAUUGUGUGGUUAUUGGCGGCCAGCUGCCAUCUCCAGUGAUAGGUCUGCAGCCAGUACUGGGUAACCACGUGGUGUGCGUGAGGUUCGUGGACCCUGCCUACGACAAGGAGUUCCCGGCGCGACGGUUAGAGGGCGCUCAGCAGCCCCCAAGGGUACUCAAACCUGGAAACCUGUCCCAUGAGGAGAAUAGGAACUGGAGGCCGCAGAUUGGUAUGGUUCGCUCCAACACCAUCGCGAGCAUGGAGGAGGCGGGGCGCCGCAUGCUGGGCCACCACCUGCCCCGCAGCGGGGGCUACGCCACCAUACCGCCGCCGCAACAACAUCAUCGGUCACAAUCCUUCGGACCACGGCCUAGUGGAUAUGUGCCUUACCAGAACCAAGACCGCGGUCGCAGCUACAGCUCUAGUGGCCAGGAACAAGGUGGGGGUUACAACCGUAAUUACAACCAGGGCCCUCGCAACUAUGGGCAGAGAAACCAGGACUACAGCCAGAACAACCGCGGGUACCAGCAGAACCAAGGUCAUCAGUCGAAUCAAAGCUAUCACUCGAAUCAAGGUCAUCAGUCUAACCAGGGCAACCGAUCAGCGCCGAACAAAUACAGUUCCCAGAACAGAUUCAACUCUAGCAGUUCAGGCUACGGCCAAAACAGCAGCCAAGGAUACGAGUCACAGCAAUCAAAUCAGCCAAACCAGAGAUACGCGGGCAGCAUCACCAGCCAGGGAUACAGGUCUGCGAAUCAAGGGUAUUCCUCCAGCUCACAAGGUACACGGGACCCGAGGAGUAAAUAUAGUGAUAGGAGACAUCAAGGCGGGUCCUGGCACUAACAUAAUUAUAUUUUUAUAAUAAAUUGUAAGUAAAGAGAAAAUAGAUGUGCAUAUCUUGGUAAGUAAUCUGCCAAAAUGGCAGUAUUCGAGACGGCUCUGCUGCACACACGUUCAUGUAUGUGCGCAAUCUAUAAACACAAAUUUGAGGAAAUUAAAAAAUAGCCAAGUUUAGUCCCCAUUUAAAUAAUUUACUAAUUCAAAUCUUCUUAAUGAAUCCGUAGAGGAGUUACUUUACUUGAAAAGGAUAUUUAAUGUAUUUGUAUAUCUUGUGUUGUAUGAAACAAUGGCUAAAUGACGAAAGAUAUUAUAUGUUAUUUAUGGAAAAUAC